UCAGAAGUCAGAUUGAGAAUAAUCCUAAAUACUGUGAUAGUAUAGAGGGGGAGAGAAAGAGUGCGUGUGCGUGUCUGGUUCCUUCAUUUUCAUUCCAGCCUUUACCACCCUCCGUGUGGGGAGGAAGCUGUCACCAUCAUGGCCAAGUCCGGUGGAUACUUGUGCUGUCUCUACUGGCUUGCUUCAGCACUCACUUCACAAUUGUUUCAAACUGAGGCGAAGAUCCUCGUUGAGUCUCACCUAUCGGCUUCCAGGCGUUCUGGUUUGUUCACACACUCUGAUUCACGAGUGCCGCAUAUGUCUACGGGACACUACUGGAGCGAGUCCGACCUUCCUAUUUCGCUGGAGAGGAAUUCCAGUUUCGCCUCGCCAAUCAAGUCGAAAUUGCCAGUCAGAACUCGCAGCCACCGGUCCAAACGUGGUGCCGGAGCUAAGACGAUACAUCAGUAUAAGACCACACUUAUCUAUGAUUACAAUACUGCCCUUGAGAUACGUUGGACAGGGAGUGGUGCGCACCGUGCUAACAGCUCCGUACUGAUUAUCCGCACAUCCUCUAGCGUACCGCCCGUACAUGAUUACCCUCAUCUGUACAUCAGUUAUGACUAUGCGCACAGCUUCAGACCGCUGGAACUGCGACUCAAGACCGGACGGCCGGCCAACAUUACCCACUUUGAAAAUCAUCGCGCCGAUCCGAAGCGCUACCUGUUUGUUGACCAGUUCCAUCGCUACAUCUUCACCAGCGAGGACGAUUGUCACACGUUCAAGCGCAACACGUACUCAUUCUCAAUGGUGUUCAUCGCGACACAUGCCACCAAUCCCAAAAUUGUACUCGCUCAGGAUAGCAAGCAUCAGCUGUGGAUCAGCCGUGACUUUGCGGCCACCUGGGCUGUGUUGGCUCGAGAUGUCAGUUUCUUCCAAUGGGGUGUUCCGGGAGUGCACCACGACACAUCCGACACACUCUACAUCCAGGGUGUACAAGACGUCGCUAUAAAGCGCAUGGACAACUUCACCACGAUAUCCGUAUUGGAACAAAACGCCUUUAGCAUGAUUGUACACGGCAGAUACAUGUUUGCCCUGCAAAGCAAGACGUCAUCGCCACCCUUAAUGCUAGUCUCACAUGAUCGAGGCAAGUUCCAGCCUGCUCGAUUCACUGACUUCGAUGAGGACGACGAGGAUGACGACGAAGAGACAUUGUUCCACGAGUACUUUGUUGUGGACACCACUGACGAGCAGGCAUUCGUUGUCGGACUGAACAAAACCACUGGCCAGAGCACCCUGUUCAUUUCAGACAUUACCGGUGUGCAGUACACUAUAUCCAUGGAGAACUUCACCUACACGCCGCAUACUAAGUCACUCAACGCUUGGCUGGGAAAGGAGCGAUACAACACGCCGGUUGAAUGGUUUUCCGUCGCCGGCACAAAGUCCGUUUUCCUCGCAAGUCAGAAGUUUGGCAGAGUAGUACGUAGUGUGAUUACGUAUGAUGCUGGUGGGGAAUGGCACGAUAUUGAAACUGCCGCAAAGGACAGGAACGGCACCAAGCUGGAAUGUAAGGUGUUGGAUAUCUUCCUUGAUGGUCGUGAUGAGGAUGACUGUAAUCUUCACCUGGACCAGUCACGCAACACCGGAGUCAAUGCACACUUUCUCAGCUUAGCACAAGCACCGGGUAUACUCAUGGCAUCUGGUAAUUACGGAAGGAGAAUGCAGAAGGCGGAUGGUUUAUACAUCUCUACCGAGGGUGCCAGUACGUGGUCAAAGGCCCUGUCUGGCGAAUACCAGUUUCAGAUGGGUGACCAUGGCGGUAUUAUGGUCGCCGUCGACUACCCCAGUAACGGUCACCUCACCAACAUUCUGUGGUACAGUCUCAACUAUGGACGCAACUGGACAAAGUACGUAUUCCACAGCACUCCACUGCACUUCUACGGUAUCACAGUGGAACCCGGCCACCACUCGACCGUGUUCAACGUCAUCGGUGCCGAGCGCGGAAUCGGGGGCAUUGUGAUCCUCACCCUCGACUUUGUCGAUAUCCUGGGACCAAAGUGCAAGAAGAGCGACUAUGCUGAUUGGUCUGGACGUUGUCAACUUGGUCAGCGUACCGUGUAUCAGCGACGUAAUGCCAGCGCGAAUUGCUACAUUGGUAUUAAUUACAAGAACGUACACGCACCGGCAUCAUGUGAAUGUGACCGUGAAGACUUUGAGUGCUCACCCGGAUUCGAAGCUCCAGAUCUCGGUGGCGUAUGUCUUCCUACUGCCCAUAAUAAGCACUACUUGAAGGCAAUCGCACGAAACCUUUCCUGCCUAGAGGAGGCUUCAUCUUUUGUAUUCAACAAAGGAUAUCAGCGUCUCCCCGGUGACAAGUGUAGCGGUGGGGCAGCUAGCCUGUUUGAGCCGCACACGAUACGCUGCUCGGCGGCAGUCGGCGAUAUCUCCGUAUGGCAGCGGUUCACCAAGCCCGACCGGAACGUCACCUCCGCCUCCAUUGUCCUGGCAGCCGGCGAAGGUUUCCACUUGGGAGUGUUGCUGCCGGAUGGGUACGGGCAUAGUGCUAGUGUGGAGAUUAUCUGGCUGUUUGGAGACAGUGCAGCACUGACUACCAAUCACCUGAACACAACCGUACGUCAUGCCUAUCAGACGCCGGGAGAGUAUCACUUAGUUGUUAGCGCCACUUUCGGCCGCUUUGUCAAGCAUUCGCUCACCAACAUCACCGUCGUAGGCAAGCUGCCGGAGAAUUUCUCAAUUUCCACGGGUGUCGUCAAACCGAGUGGUCAUAUACACACGGGAGAAAAGGUGUUACUCUUGGCUAAUGUACCUGGCAAUCGCGUUGGCGUGAAGAAGCCUGUGAAGUUCGCACAACACUCAUCCCAGCAGCUGACCUACACCUGGACGGUAUGCGGUAGAAGGCAUGAAGUCCAGACUAUGUGGCUGGAGGUUGCUCCUGUUGCCUCCGGUACAGGCGAUUUCCAAUACUGCAAUAUAACCCUGCAGCUGAAGAAUCCACUGUAUGUGUCACACGUGGAACACUACACAUUGAAGCUGGUCGCCAUUGCGCCCAACGUGGUGUCAGGACAAUACUCUAACAUCUCCGGCCUAUUGUCAAUUGUCUGGCUAAGCAAAGGCCACACCAGCCCGCAGGCAUUCCAUGUUAUAGCCGAAUCGAAGAAUGCAAUAUACACAAUAGUAGCUGGCGGAACGGAAAGAGAAGUGACCACUCGUGUUCGCCCAGGCGUCUACAAAAUCAAUGUGACGUCAGUAUACCCCGAGACCGUCGUCUGUUCCAACACGUUGUCCUAUGAAGUGCACGCAUCACCAGGACAGGUGAAGACUCCAGGUGCCUUCAGUGUCCAAACUGGCACCGUUUCCAACUCUCAUCUGCUGCAGUGGAAGCCAAUACCUCACGCCCUCGCCUAUCAGGUUGCUCUAAUCAGUCGCAACACACUGAGUAUCAAGAAGCGUGUCCCGGCAAACCAGUGUUCUACAACUCAAUGUUCGGUGAGCCUUGAGCACCCGAAUGACGGAGGAGUUUACUUCUAUCAGGUCCGCGCUGAGAACACUGAACAUGACACUGGAAAAUUCUCCUAUUUGACGGGAAGCCCCGCAGCAACUCAAUCGCCACCGUUGUCAGCUCCGGAGAGUCUGACUGUGAAGUGUCCCAGCAAUAACCACUCACUGACACUGACCAAGUGUGCACUCACCUGGCACUACAAUCAGCCAAUCGAUGGUUUUAUGGUGAGCCUGUCUGGGCCCGGCUAUCCUCUAGGUUGGGAGAGAGCAGUGUCCGACUUGACGGUCAACUUGCCAGAGCUCUACUCUGGUGCUCGCUAUCAUUUCAGCGUGGCGGCGAAGAACGGAAAUGCAGUCGGUCCCUACACCUUGUUCGACAAUGUCCAGCACACAACAUCCCCUCUUCAGGUCACAGACCUGAAUGUACAGGCGCAUGGAGCAAGCAGUGCAUGCUUGACCUGGCAAGCGCCGGAGUUCACGCAGCACUGGAUUAACAGCUACACCAUCAAAGUGUUUGGACCAGUGAAACUGGGAGAUUUUGACGAGCGGCCUAGCUACAGCAAGUUCCGUCCUAGUUGCAGUGUACGAGCCGAUGAACCGCUGUCCUGCUGUGUCCACGGUCUCUCACUCGGUCAUCUCUACUGGUUUUUGGUGGAGACAGAUCUGCAGAGAACAGGUGUCCGUCAGUCUUAUGACACCAAGCCUGUUUCAUCUCAGACGGAACUCGCUGUCUAUCGCAGGUUUACUGUGCCUCUGCAUGGUGCUGUGUACUCUGACCUAUUCUCGGUCUCCCCGUACAUCCAUCAUGGCGCUAAUCUACACAAUGACGUCACAGACAUGUGGACACAGGUCACGAUUACAGCCCAGGGAAAAGCAGCCGGUGUUCAGAAGGUGGUGUACAAAGAGAAGGGUAUGCAGAAUAGCACCACUGUACCUGGACAAGGUGCACCAAUCUUACUCUGGCCAGCCACUCUCUACACAUUCACCAUCGAAACCAAUGACGGCGCGCAGCAUCACCUUGACUACCAAACUCCGUCUGCUGUGAUCGACAGUACGCUGCUGGUGUUUGCAGUGGCGCCAUUGACCACACCACCAGUAUCUCAGAUCACUCACUACAUGCAGCGUUUGGAGACUGUUCUGGGCCGUGAUACCUUCCAGGCCAACAUCUCUGCUCUGCUGGUGGUCAAAGGACAAGCGCCCAGCACGGCUACUCGUCUCAAUUUGCUUCUCUCACCCGACGUUGACGCGAUAUCCGUCAAGGAUGCUCUGCUGCAGGACGAGGAGUUCCAGCAAGUCUACUACUCGGAUGAGAGCUCUUGGUUUGUGUCCCUGCAGCGCUAUGACCGUCAGCUGAUUGUGGAUAGCGACCACAAGCUGCACGUCAAACCUGCACCGGUAAAUACGGAUACCUCAACUAUCAAUAAUGCACGCUACAUUGUGCCGCUCACAGUCCUCUCAGUUCUCCUACUCACCAGCAUCACAGUAAUCCUGUACAAGAGCAUAGCACUGCACAGACAACAUCAACAGCACCAUCGCUUUGGCUCAACAUUCUAUACCAGCAGAAGCGCUGCGGGAUCUGGUAACCGCGGCCAAAGGUCAUCUUUGUCCGGCAACUCCAGCCGUCGAACCAACCUACACGUGCGGUUCCUCGAUGGCGAUGACGUGGAUGAUGUGGAUAGCUGCAGUGACGGUGCACCGCCUGAAGGGUUUAGUAUUCCCGUCGAUGCCACGGUGUCCAGCUUUAACGGUGCCACAGAUGACGGCCUGUUCUCUGUCAAUAUGGACGACGACGACAAUGCGGUGGAGGUAUAAGCCCUGCGAGUGCAUUGGAAAGCCGCCGUGAAGGUAAUCCUGGCCGUGCUAGGAGCAUGGCUGUCGUUCUGUUAGCAGCACAUUGAACCGUGCCCCCCCCCCCCUUCUUCCCCGCACACGCCUUCUUUUUUCCAAAACAUGAUUAUUUAUCUAAGUAAAUAGCAUCCAGUGUCUAAUGAAUUUUAAAAUUCGUUCCUGUUUUAGGGAGAAUAUACGUUUUUAGUGUGAUAGUGAAUCUCAUUCCCUAAUUCCUCUCCAGAGGCAGAGUUCAUUUUACGUAGUUACGUAAUUGUAUAGAUUUUUAUCCUUUUUCUACAAGUCGUGUGUGGUGUAAGAUAAUCAUUAAUCAUGCAUGGAUGGUCUAGACUUGACCAGAUCAGCUAACUCAGCUAACUGCAGCAUCACUCCACGAGCGUGCAGCACUGCACAUAUACUAGUUUACAAUUCUACUGGUGCUUCUGACUAGCUGGCACUGCGUCAGCAUUGGACAAUGUGCACACUGUCUCUCUCUCUCCCUGUUCAGUAUUCCCCGCCCGACACCUGUAUUCGGACUAAUAUUCAUUCAUGAUUGUGAAUUUGUGAUACAUUUCUAAGUGCUGGCGGUGGCACUGGUGGUUGAAAGCGGUGGCCGGGAUUACCAUGACUCUGUGUUUCUUAUCUGCAACCUUUUCAUAAG